AUGUAUGUACUGUGUCCUCCCACUGUUGGCAUUUUUGGUUGUUUCAUAUUAUUUUUGGGUGUUAUAUCUUCACUAUAUGUAAUUCCCAUAAUAGAAAAUUCUUAUUUUUUACAAGCGGUUUACAAAAACGGAUCAUUUUUAUUUAAUGAAUUUUUAAAUCCAACUGUAAAAACUAAAAUCAAAAUUUACUUUUUUGAUGUUACAAACAGUGAGGAAAUAAAAAACGGAGAAAAACCCGUUUUGAGAGAAGUUGGUCCUUAUGUUUACAAUGAGCUAAAAUUUAGAACAGUUAUUAACUACACAGAAAAUUCAGACACGUUUGAUUUCCUUGAAAGAACUCAAUUAUUUUUCAAUGCAGAAGAAAGUGGAGGGCGCACAGAAGAUGAUUUUAUUACCGUUAUAAAUAGUGCUUUGAUCACAAUAGGAAAUAAUAUUGAAGAUCAAGUUAAACACCAGACUGAUGGUAAAAUUAACGCUGUAUUUGAGAAUUUUUUGGACGAAUAUGAUUUAUUUAUCCAAGCAAGGGUUCGUGAUAUUUUGUUUGAUGGUAUUGUUAUAAACUGUUUAAACGAGUCUGGUCUGGUAUGUUUGUAUUUAAAAACUGAGCAAAUGGAAUUUCUGAGAGAAUUUGGUAACGAUUUAAAAUAUUCAAUAUUUAAUCAUAUUAAUAAAACUGAAAAUGGACCUUUUAAAAUUCUUAUACGAAACAACAAUUCUGAGAGAGGACACAUACUAACGUAUCAAGGACGAAAAUUUUUAAAUAAUUGGCGUUUAAAAUCUAAAUGCAAUAAGAUUGAAGGAUCAAACUUAAUUAUAUUUCCGCCUUCAACAUAUUCAACCAAACGAAGUAUUUACACAUUUUUCAGUGAAUUUUGUAGGUCCAUAGCUUUCCCAUUUGACGGUUAUAGCAAAAUUUAUGAUGUACCAGUUUCCAUUUAUGUAAUGGAUCAAGAGACUUUUGAUUCAUCUAAAAAAAAUUCUUGUUUUUGUAAAUCUUCUGGAAAAAAGAAAGGUUCCUUGUCUUGCAACAUUAAAGGAACCAUGAAUUUAAGCAAUUGUAAAAACAUGGAUAUUAUUUUGUCUCACCCGCAUUUUUAUCUUGGUGACGAUGUGCUUCUAAAUUAUGUUAAAGGAUUAGCACCGAAGAAAAAAAUACAUGAUUCUUUUAUUGCACUUGGAAUACGGAGUGGAAUAAUUCUAAAUUAUGCCAUUAGAUUCCAGUUUAAUGUCCCAAUAAAACAAAGUAAACAUUUAGGUACAACAAACAUGAGAGAAGGUAUAUUUCCUAUUUUGUGGACAGAAAAAGUUCAAGAAACCGACGAAAGAAUAAUUACAUUUCUCAAAAAUAUGUUUUAUGUUAUCAAUCUGUUGCAUGUUGUAAAAAAUUUAAUACUUACAUUAGGAAUAUUAUUAAUGAUUUGUUCAUUAAUUUUAAUGGUAUAUCGUGAUUGGAAUAUUGUUUCUGGAUUUGAAACAACGAAGACAAAAACUAGUCGUAGAUAUUCUGCACGCAUUUCAAAGGACAAAACUAACGUAAACUUAUUUCCGCAAACAAUAAACAGAAAUGUAAAUGAUGGUUUUAUAAAAAGAAGUCAGUUUAGUGUUAUAUUUCCAAAGCAUGUGAAAACUUUACAAAAUAAUAAGUAGAAUUUGUAAUCUACACAUCUAUGCUGAAAAUUUAAUCACUUAUUAAUUAAAUUAGUUGGAGCACAAGUAAUUGCAAAUA